GGAGGGGACGCGGAGCCCCUGGGUAGCGGCCGGGAGAGGGCUGGGAAGAGGCGAGGUGGUCGCGCCCGGCUUCCUCCGGUGCCGCGGCCGCUUCCGGGCCCGCAUCAUGGGGGACUGAGGAGCAGCGCCGGCCGCCCGCGCCCGCCCGCCCGGCCCGAGCCCGCCCGGCCCCGGCCCCCGCCCGCCUCCCCUCGGCACAGUCUCUGCGAAGCGGCGCCAGCCUCCCCGGGGAGCGGCCGGGCGAGGCGCCGGGUUCAUGUUCCGGGUGGCUGAACCUACCCCGACCCGAGCUCAGGCGGCGAGGAAGAGCUGGCAUUUCAGUAGGACUAUGGAGGAGCUGGUUCAUGAUCUGGUCUCAGCACUGGAAGAAAGUUCAGAGCAAGCCAGAGGAGGUUUUGCUGAUACUGGAGAUCAUUCUAGAAGUGUGUCUUGUCUUCUGAAGCGACAGGCAAGGAAAAGGAGGGGACGGAAAAGGCGUUCAUUUACCACCCAUCAUCCCUGGGAGACUGGUCACUGCUUAAGUGAAGGUUCCGAUUCCAGUUUAGAGGAAUCAAACAAAGACUACAGGGAGAAUCAUGCUAAUAAGAAAGACCACAGUGACUCUGAUGACCAGUUGUUGGUUGCUAAACGUAGGCCUUCCUCAAACUUAAAUAACAUCAGAGGCAAAAGACCUCUGUGGCAUGAACCAGAUUUGGCUGUUGACAGUUUGGGAAACAGAACUUUGCGCAGGAGAAGAAAGGUAAAACGGAUGGCGAUAGAUCUGCCAUCAGAAGUCUCUAAUGCACUGACAAUAACUCAGCAGCAGGAUAACAGCAGAGAUCAAGAAAUGGACAAUAACAAUAAAUCAUACCAGCACCAAGAGUUUUCCAAGAGCAAAGUGAAAAAAAGAAAAGUAUCUGCAGCUCGUCAAGGACCAGAAAUCUUGGAUGAAGGAGUUGUUAUAGAAAAUGAAGAAGUGAACCAAGCAAAUAAGGACAAAAUGGAAUAUGAGGAGCAAAAAGGCUCAGAUGAGAACAUGAGUGACAGUGAAUCCAGCAGUCUGAGCAGCAGUGAUGCUGGUUUGUUUACCAAUGAUGAGGGAAGACAAGGUGAUGAUGAGCAAAGUGAUUGGUUUCAUGAAAAUGAAUCUGGUGGAGCAUGUGGAAUUACAGGAGUGAUUCCAUGGUGGGAACAAGAAGACUCCACAGAACUGGAGAGAGAAUUGCCUGAUCCAGUCUUUGAAAGUAUCUUAACUGGUACUUUCCCUCUUAUGUCCCGUUCAGGGAGGAGAGGUUUCCAGAGCAGAUGUAGUCAUCUUCAUGGAAUGCCAGCAAGAAACAUAAAAAAGGCUUCAGGAAACCAGAAUGCACUGAUAACACCAGGACCAGGCGGUAGCAGGAAAACGGUUCACUUGGCCCAGGAUUCUCUUCACCAUGAUCACUGGUUUAGCCCUGGGGCUAGGAAGGAACAUAGCCAGCUUCAACUCUUGCGAGACAACCGAUCGGAGAGAGGACACAAGAAGAACAGCUCUGUAAAAACAGCUAGCAGGCAAACCAGUGUACAUUUGGGAUCAUUGUGCAUGGGAGACAUCAAGCGGAGAAGGAAAGCUGCUCCCCUGCCAGGACCCACAGGGUUUGUAGGAGAAAACACCCAACCAAUCCCAGAAAACAACAUUGGAAACAGAAUGCUUCAGAGUAUGGGCUGGACCCCAGGCACGGGCCUUGGACCAGACGGCAAAGGGAUAGCAGAGCCCAUAAGAGCCAUCCAGAGACCAAAAGGACUCGGACUUGGAUUUAGCUGACAGAAAUGCACUCUGGCUGCCCAAGAAAAAUAAAGCUCAAAAUUAUUUUAAAAAUACAAAAAAAAAAAAAAAAAAAAAAAA